UAGAUAAUAAAGAUAUGGAUAGGACAUAUUGGUCUUAUCAGCGGUCUUCGAGGGGAACAAUUGAGGCCAAAUAAAGUAUACCUAUAUUGAGUAUCGACUAUCAAUAUAAAGGAGCCUCAAUUGCCUUCCCCUCCGGGAACGCGGCCUCAAAUGUAUUUAACAUAGGCGUGGCCUAUCCAUAUCUUUAUUAUCUAUGUUAUUAUUAUUGUUAUUCGAAGUUUGUAGUUAGUACUGUUUGUGGGGCGUACAGCUUGGGCACCAGCCACCAACUAUAAGCACAGAUUACUGAUCAAUAGAACACUGUAUACAGCUGCUGGUGUGUAUACACUAUACGGUACAUUGAAUUAGUGUAUAGACAAGUAUACACAACGAGUGCCUUCAUUAAUACUCGUACGCGUUAUACUACGCUUGUGGUUUGUGUGGAUACAUUUUAGUGAACAGAGUUCAACAUUUUUCUGAAUACCUUCAUCAUCAACACAACAAUAUAUUGAAGUACACCGCUACACCUUUAGAAACCAUGGCAUCCUGGUUAUUUGGAGUUUCUAAACAAUCGGCUGAUCAGAUAGUUGAUACAAAAGACACACCACCUGUUCCAACUGCGGCUAAUCCAGAACCUGCGAAUACCUUACCUACAAUGCCUCAGUUACUAUAUGAUUUACAGCCAACAAAACCAAGUAUUCCAGAUUUAAAACCUACCAGUAUGCUGGACAGUAUACCAUUUGUUUUAUCAAGCCAAAUUAUCGCGACUACUAAAAACUAUAGUUAUAAUUUAGAUAAUACAAAAAAACAAUUAUUAUCCAUAAAAAAAUUGCUUGAGUCAGAUGCGUACAAUUAUGAUUUUUCCAAUGAUAAAAGACUGCAUUCCAAAAUGGCGAGCAAUGAACAUAAAAACGAUAAUAAUACUGUAUUGUUGAAUAGUAGUGAUAAUCGUUGGUUUCAUUGCAUUUGUUUUAACAUUUUUCACUAGACAUGACCAACAUUUGAUUGUUAUAUCAUCGGCUUAGAAUAAAAAUUCACUCAAAUAUAUUAAUUAAAUAUUUAAUAUUAGAAAAUAAUAAUAAAAGUAAAAACUUCCCACCGAUUUAAUCAUUGGUAUAUUUUACCUCAGGAGUCGCCAACCAGUCGAUCUUAUUAUAAAUUAAUUAUUCUAAUAUAGUAAUAUCUGUAUAUGAUCACCUGCGUAAUCUUAACACACCUUUAUGCUUUAUAUUAUACAAAGUAAGGUAUUUUAUUAGCGAAGAAAAACUUACAAUUUUCCAUUGGAGAAAUAAUGAAAGAACAAUAUUAUUAUGCUGCAUGUAAUGAUAUAAUUGGUCACCAGAUGCUUUAAAAAUGUAAUGUGACUACUUUUUAAAGGUUGGCGGCCCCUGUUUUACAUUUAAUAUUUAAUUGGAUAGUCUAUAUAAUGGAUAUAAUGUAUUAUUCUAUAUAAAUAAUGAUUAAUGAGUAAGGCUCGGAAGUUGAUGCAUUUUACGUAUUUCUUUGGAACUUUUUAGAUCAUGCUUUAACUUGCUAAAAAUGUGUUUUGAUACCUUGUAAAACUGAAAAACUAAUAUUUUGCAUUUUUGUCUUUUUUUUUACUUUUUAAAUAAUUUUUAAUCAUUUACCACUAGUUAGUCGAAAGAAAAAAUAACGAGUUUAUUAAAAACCCAAUAUUAAAUUAAAUCUCAUUCCUUAUCAAAUAAUAUUUAAGAACUAACCUUUAAUAAUAAACCCAAUAGCUUUGCUUAUCUUAUCAUUUCCCAUUUACAGAUCCCAGCCUUUGAAAUUCCUAAAUUAGUAUCCGAUUUUAUAUCUUUGAUUAUAGUUAUUGUUGCCAUCUUUUUAUAAGUAAUGAAUAUACAUUUUAAUAUUUUGUUUAUUUUUAAAUUUUUUUUCAAAAUGUCAACUAGUUCUCUUUGCGUGCCCAUUUUGA